AUGCAUUCACACACAGAUAUUCUCUUUUCCGCAAGUGUGAGAAAAAUUAAUAAGCAAUUCGUGAAAAAAACAUUCUGUUCAUCAACCAAAUUUUGCAAAAAUGUAAAGUAUGCAACCGCUUUGACAGAACUGAACAGUUUGCAAAAUUUGAAUCGUUUUUAUAUCCCCCCAAAGCAUAGCAUCUUCCUGAUGCAAAAGAGCCCCAUUUCAGAACAAAUAAUAAUCGAUUCAAUACGAAAAGCCCAAAAUGAACUAGAUAGGGGCUCUCUGUAUUCACUACAAGAGUUAUUCAAUAGCAAUGGUAACUGCCUGAAUGAAGAAAAAAAGGCCAAAGUCCGAAAGGCCCUUGAUGAAUUAAAUGCUCUGCUAACUGUUAAGUCGAAUUUAACGGAGGAGAAAAUUCAAAUAUUAACGGAAAGUAAUUCCGACGGGUAUAAAAAUAAAGAAAUUUUGGGUCUAUUCAUCACGGGUUUUUUCUUUGCCAUCGGUUCAGUCACCCACUCUGUUUUUUAUUUGGUGAGUGUCUACGGUCUUUAUGUACUUCAUAAAGCCUCCAAGGAGAAUGAUGGCAAAAUUUACGUUGAAAGGAAAUUAAAUGAAAAUAAGGAUAAAUUGUUAAGGAAUAAAAAAAAUAUACAAACCAUUUUGUCCGCGCUGGAGCAGGAUUUGAUAAAAGAAAAAUAG